CAUAAAAUUUUAGUUUUGAGUAGUUCCGUUCAGCGUUGUGUUGACAGCGUUACAAACUUCUUAAAUGGAUUUGUCAAAGUUGAAUGGCCCUCAAAGUUGAUUAACGUCAUACCGCUGGACCAGGAUGAGAUGUUAGCUGUACCUGGAAAGUCAUGUCCCAAAUAUGUGAAGAUCAUAAGAACUGGACCGCCCUUGGAUGAUCCGGAAUUUAAAAAAAUCAUAGAUUUUGAAUCAGCGGAGGGCAAGGAGUUUCUAGCUCAUAUAGAGAAGAACACGGGUCUUCCCACUUUCUGGUCCAGCAUCCUACUCAAUCUUGAAGAUACUCUAUCGAUUCAGAAAGACAACAAUCUUGAAUUGCCAGCCUGGUCUGAACCUGUUUACGAGCCAUAUCUGAAAUCACUGAGUCCCAUUGUUUUUGAUGGUUGGAGCUCUUCGUAUUACAUGAAAAUUCGUAGUUCGGCUCUUUUUAAGGAUAUGACGAACAGAUUUGACAACCUGAUCACAGGAUCUGCCGAUCAGAAUAUAUUAUUGUAUUCAGCUCACGACGCCACUAUUGGUGGAAUGCUUUAUUUGUUUGGGAUUAGGGAUCAAAUCCCCGUCAUGCCUGCCUAUGGAUCCUCACUCAAUUUGGAACUUCAUGGAAAUGCAGAAAUAGAAAACGAUUAUGAAGUGAAGUUGGUAUAUUCUGCAACUUACGACGAUGAAAAUCCUACUGAAGUCAGUAUUCCAAAUUGUUCGGCACCGUGUCCUUACAAAAAGUUCAAGGCGAACAUCCAGCCGAAUCUUGUAGAUGAAGAUUAUGAUGUUGUAUGCUCGAAUUAAUAAACUGGCAAAGAUUCCGCGAAAUCUGAUCAAUACUGCAUUU